UCUCACACCAUGUCCACCCGGAAGCGCACCCGUGACGAGGAGGACGAGGAGGAGCUCGUGUCCCUCCCCGAAGACGACGAUGGAGAAGAGGAAGAAGAAUAUGUCUCCACCGGCGACGAAGAGGAAAACGACGAUGACGACGGAGAAGAGGAGGAGGAAGAGGAGGAGGGCGACGAGGAGGAAGAGGGAGACGCCGAAGAAGCGGCUGAGCCUGCGGAUGCCCCAGUGAACGGCAAGCAGCCGCCACACAAGAAGCGCAAGACCGCUGAUGAGGGCGAAGAGGAGGCCAACGGCGAAGACCAAGAGGAGGAGGAAGAGGAAGAGGAAGAGGAAGCGGCAGAGGCCGAUGCCGAAGAGGCCGCCGAAGACGAAGCUGAAGAGGACAAGACCGAAGCUGCAGAGGAGACAGCCGAUGCCUCCGCCCCGGCCAAGGCCGUCAAGGCGCCCGAGGUGGCCCAGGCGACGGACACACCAGAGCCCAAGGCUGUGACGGCUGGAGGCGACGAGUAA